GGCCAGUUCUCGCCGUGUCUCUGCUUUGAUCUUUCCUCUCUUCGUUUCUUCCCGUCUCCACCGCCGGUGGCUGAGCACCGCCGGAGCUAUCCGCAGCGAGGAGAGAUGAGUGGCCACGACUCUAAGUAUUUCUCCACUACAAAGAAAGGAGAGAUUCCCGAGCUCAAAGAAGAGCUCAAUUCUCAGUAUAAGGAUAAGAGAAAGGAUGCAGUUAAAAAAGUAAUUGCUGCAAUGACAGUGGGGAAAGAUGUGUCCUCACUCUUUACAGAUGUUGUAAAUUGUAUGCAAACUGAAAAUUUGGAGCUCAAGAAACUUGUAUAUCUGUAUCUCAUCAACUAUGCCAAGAGCCAGCCUGAUCUUGCAAUUCUUGCUGUAAACACAUUCGUGAAGGAUUCCCAGGACCCAAACCCUUUGAUCCGUGCAUUAGCUGUGAGAACAAUGGGAUGCAUUCGUGUUGAUAAAAUUACUGAGUAUUUAUGUGAUCCAUUGCAACGGUGUCUGAAGGAUGAUGAUCCAUAUGUUCGGAAGACUGCAGCUAUAUGCGUUGCUAAACUUUAUGAUAUUAAUGCUGAGUUGGUGGAGGAUAGAGGUUUCCUGGAUGCCCUCAAGGAUUUGAUAUCUGAUAACAACCCAAUGGUUGUUGCAAAUGCUGUUGCCGCGCUAGCAGAAAUUCAAGAGAACAGCAGCAGACCCAUCUUUGAGAUUACCAGCCACACACUGUCCAAGCUUCUUACGGCUCUAAAUGAAUGCACUGAGUGGGGUCAAGUUUUUAUUUUGGAUGCUCUGUCCAAGUAUAAAGCAGUUGAUGCCCGUGAUGCAGAAAAUAUAGUUGAGCGAGUUACUCCACGGCUACAACAUGCAAAUUGUGCUGUUGUUCUUUCAGCUGUCAAGAUGAUUCUUUUGCAAAUGGAAAUGAUCACCAGUACUGAUGUUGUCAGAAACCUUUGCAAGAAAAUGGCUCCUCCUCUUGUGACUUUACUUUCUGCAGAACCCGAGAUUCAGUAUGUUGCAUUGCGUAACAUAAACCUUAUAGUGCAAAAGCGUCCCACUAUUCUUGCCCAUGAAAUAAAGGUUUUUUUCUGCAAAUACAAUGAUCCAAUAUAUGUGAAGAUGGAGAAAUUAGAAAUCAUGAUAAAGCUUGCUUCUGAUAGAAAUAUUGACCAAGUUCUUCUGGAGUUCAAAGAAUAUGCUACAGAAGUGGAUGUUGAUUUUGUCCGAAAAGCUGUCCGUGCUAUUGGGCGCUGUGCCAUUAAGUUAGAGAGAGCAGCUGAGCGUUGCAUCAGCGUUCUGCUUGAGUUGAUCAAGAUCAAAGUAAAUUAUGUUGUUCAAGAAGCAAUCAUUGUGAUUAAGGACAUUUUUAGGAGAUACCCAAACACCUAUGAAUCCAUAAUUGCUACACUUUGUGAGAGUUUAGACACCUUGGACGAGCCAGAAGCAAAGGCAUCGAUGAUUUGGAUAAUUGGUGAAUACGCUGAAAGAAUUGAUAAUGCCGAUGAGCUCUUGGAAAGCUUUUUGGAGACUUUUCCUGAGGAACCUCCUCAAGUCCAAUUACAGUUGCUUACGGCAACAGUUAAACUUUUCCUUAAGAAGCCAACCGAAGGCCCACAGCAGAUGAUCCAGGUCGUUCUGAACAAUGCAACUGUUGAAACUGACAACCCAGAUCUUAGAGAUCGUGCAUAUAUAUAUUGGCGACUACUCUCGACUGAUCCUGAGGCAGCAAAGGAUGUUGUUUUGGCUGAAAAGCCUGUCAUAAGCGACGACUCUAAUCAACUCGAGCCUACACUCCUCGACGAGCUUCUCGCCAACAUUGCCACAUUGUCCUCCGUCUACCACAAGCCCCCAGACACAUUCGUAACUCGCGUCAAAACCAUUCAAAGAACCGAGGAAGAAGAAUAUCCCGACGGAAGCGAAACGGGGUACUCCGAGUCACCGUCUCACGUCGCUCCGGGUGCAUCUUCCCCAGCCACGACGAGCAAUCCACAGUCCGCCACUGCCAGGCAACCGGCCGCCGCUCCAGCUCCCGCACCCGUACCCGAUCUACUCGAUCUUAUGGGCAUGGACGGCAACAAUAGUGCCAUUGUACCAACUGAUCAGCCUCCAACCCCCGCAAGCCCUCCUUUGCCGAUUCUCUUACCUGCACAUACGGGUCAAGGCCUACAAAUCAGCGCGCAGCUCGUAAGCAAAGAUGGCCAGGUAUUCUACAGCAUGUUGUUCGAGAAUAAUUCGCAGGUACCGCUCGAUGGGUUUAUGAUUCAAUUCAACAAGAACACAUUUGGCCUCGCUGCAGGCGGACCUCUCCAGGUACCACAAUUGCAACCCGGGGCAUCCGCAAGCACUCUUUUGCCUAUGGUUUUAUUCCAGAACAUGUCUCCGGGUCCGCCGAGUUCCCUCCUGCAGGUUGCUGUGAAGAACAACCAGCAGCCGGUAUGGUAUUUCAGCGACAAAAUUCCACUGCAAGUUCUGUUCACCGGCGAUGGAAGAAUGGAACGGUCCUCGUUUCUUGAGACAUGGAAAUCAUUACCGGACUCGAACGAAGUUUCCAAGGAGUUCCCGGCAAUCGUGCUGAACAGCAUUGAUGCAACCAUCGAGCGGCUAGGCUCAUCGAACGUGUUCUUUAUUGCAAAGCGCAAACACUCGAAUCAAGAUGUGUUGUAUCUGUCUGCUAAGAUACCUCAGGCAAUCCCUAUAUUGAUUGAGAUCACGGCAGCCAUCGGUGCUCCGGGCCUCAAGUGUGCAAUAAAAACUCCAAACCCAGAAAUCGCCCCGCUCUUCUUCGAGGCGAUCGAGACUCUCUUCAGGAGCUGAUUAAUUUCAUUUCCUCUACUACAAGUGUUGUGUUGUGCCUGAGGUAUAUUUGAUUUGGGUUGCUGGUGAGAUUGGAAUAUGAAGUCUAUUAAAGAGACCACCCCUACCCCUCCAAUUCCAUACUUUUUUUUUUUUUAACUAUUAUAUUACAUUAUAUUAUGCAUGCUCUUUUUUAAUUGUUGAUAUUAUUAAAUUUA